AUGGAUGCUGCUAAGAGGGUGUUGCGCUACUUCCGCCCGUGCGCCGCUCGCACCGCUAUAGCGCAGCCCGCAGCGGCCCCGCGGGCCUGCACAUUGCCCCCACCCGCUGCAGCGCCUGCCCGCUCGUCGCCCGCUGCAGCUGCCGCCCGCUCGUCGCCCGCUGCAGCUGCCGCCCGCUCGUCGCUCGCUGCUGCUGCCGCCCGCUCGUCGCCCGCUGCAGCGCCUGCCCGCUCGUCGCCCGCUGCAGCUGCCGCUCGCUCGUCGCCCGCUGCUGCUGCCGCCCGCUCGUCGCCCGCUGCAGCUGCCGCUCGCUCGUCGCCCGCUGCUGCUGCCGCCCGCUCGUCGCUCGCUGCAGCUGCCGCCCGCUCGUCGCUCGCUGCUGCUGCCGCCCGCUCGUCGCCCGCUGCAGCGCCUGCCCGCUCGUCGCCCGCUGCAGCUGCCGCCCGCUCGUCGCCCGCUGCUGCUGCCGCCCGCUCGUCGCCCGCUGCAGCUGCCGCCCGCUCGUCGCCCGCUGCUGCUGCCGCCCGCUCGUCGCCCGCUGCAGCUGCCGCCUGCUUGUCGCCCGCUGCAGCUGCCGCUACCACGGGCUCGCCGCUGCAGCUACCGCCUGCGCGUCGCCCGCAGCCGCUCCCGCUCGUGCGCCGCGGCCGCUACCGCCCGUGCGCUCCUGUUGCGCCUGCUACCGCUGCCGCUGCUGCACUCGCUCCCACUGCGGCCGCCGCUUCUGCGCCCACUGCCGCUCCCGCCCGUGCGCAUCAGCUGCUGCCGCCCUUCGAAACCUGGCUCGAUGACCUCCACCUCUUUCUACAGCUCACUGCUAAGGAGGACGUUUCACUGUACGAUCACGCCCUAGGCAACGCUACUGCCCCUCCUACCACUGCUGACAGCACUCAGCGCUCACAGUGGCAGACUCGUGACGCCCACGCUCGCUUCGCUAUUCGUAACUCCCUACCGAUCGACGAGCGCGAGCACUUUGGCCAGCACAAAACUGCUAAGGACCUGUACACUGCUGUAGUCGCUCGCUACUCCUCCCCCGCUUCUGCCACACUAGGCCGCCUCACUCUCCCCUACCUGUUCCCCGACCUGGCCUCCUUUCAGACAGUUGCUGACCUCAUCACCCACCUUAAGACCAGUGAGGCCCGCUUUCGCGCUGCUAUGCCUGACGAGUUCCUCACCAGCAACCCCCCCCCGCUCUGGAUCACUCUCUACCACAUAGUCACCCGCCUCCCCGACUCCCUGCGCACAGCACCUCUCGUGGCGACCCCCGCACCCCGUUCUUUGAGGGGUGUUCCCCUUCCCCUCUCCUCCCCUCUGUCGCCUCUGCUGCUGCUGUCGACCUCCUUGGUGCUGGGAAGGUCGGGGCCGCGUCUGCUUCGAGCGGGCGCCGCAAGAGCAAAGGGGGCAAGGGUGGAGGUGGCGGCGGAGGAGGUGGGGGUGGAGGCGGUGGGAGUGGAGGAGCGGCUGGGGAGGCUAGUGGCGGCAGUGGGGGUGGUGACAGCAGCGGCGGGAGUGGCGGCAGGGGUGGAGGCGGCAGCGGAGGCGGAGGUGGUCGUGGCAGCGGCAGGGGUGGAGGUGGCCGAGGCGGUGGCGGCGGCAGUGGUGGUCGUGGAGGCGCUGGCGGUGGCCAGAUUUCCUGAUGCCACUGACCUGCCCCGCUGGGCUGAUCUGGAGAAGAAGGGAGUUGAUAUCUGGGCUUUAGACUUUGAUGCUAUUCUCACUGCCAUGUAUGCGAUGUUUACUAGUGGAGAGGGUGCUCAGUACUUGCGUGUUCCGCCCGACCCGGGCAUUCAGACCAGUCCGGCUGCCGCUCUAGGUGCUAGUGAGUCUGCUGCCCCAGGUCCUGGUGAGGCUGCUGCUCUAGGUGCUAGUGAGUCCGUGCCCUCUGGUACUGAGUCGACUGCAGCACUGCACACCUUCACACUGGACUCAGGUGCUUCUCGCUGUUUCUUUCGUGACCGCACUGUCCUUGAGCCGCUUGCUCGGCCAGUUGCUGUCUCCCUCGCUGACCCCUCUGGGGGUCCGGUCGUUGCGACCUCCUCCACUGUCCUUCCUUGUCCUGUGGUUCCGUCAGGCACACUGUCAGGUCUCUACCUCCCCUCGUUCUCUACGAACUUGGUGGCAGGUAGUGCGCUCCAGGACGGGGGUGUUCACCAGUUCACCCCUGCUUACGAGCGCGUGACCCACUGCACGUGUGCUCGGACGGGCCGUCACCUGGCUACCUUCACUCGGCAGCCGGGGUCGGACCUGUACACACUGACCACUAAGUCCCCUCAGGUAGCUGCGUCCGCGUCUGCGUCUGCGUCAGGUCAGCUGUCCGCCCCCUGCUCGUGUCGCUCUCUGGCGCAUGAGACUGUCCUCUGGCACCACCGCCUUGGUCACCCGUCUGUGCAGCGCCUUCGGGCCAUGCACAAACGGGACCUUGUUGCUGGUCUUCCCAGGGUUCUCCCUCCCCUCCCACCCUCGCCUGCUCCUCCCUGUCUUCCCUGUGUCGAGGGGCGGCAGCGCGCCGCUCCUCACUCCUCCUCCUUCCCCCCGACGACUGCUCCUUUGCAGACGCUCCACAUGGACGUGUGGGGCCCAGCCCGAGUCCGUGGUCAGGGUCAGGAGAGGUACUUCCUGAUUGUUGUUGACGACUUCUCGCGCUACACCACGGUCUUCCCCUUGCGCACCAAGGGUGACGUCCCUGAUGUCUUGAUCCCUUGGAUCCGCAGAUCUCGUCUCCAGCUCAGUGAGCGUUUCCGCUCCGACUUCCCUGUCCUGCGUCUGCACUCUGACAGAGGUGGGGAGUUUUCCUCUGGCCUCUUGGAGGCCUUCUGUCAGCAGGAGGGCAUUGAGCAGUCGUUCACGCUUCCGGCCUCUCCACAGCAGAAUGGGGUUGCUGAGCGCCGCAUUGGCUUGGUCAUGGAGGUCGCUCGUACCUCCUUGGUUCAUGCGGCUGCCCCCCACUUUCUGUGGCCGUUUGCAGUCCGAUACGCUGCGCAUCAGCUCAACCUCUGGCCCCGUGUCUCCUUACCGGAGACUUCUCCGACACUGCGUUGGACGGGAGAGGCUGGCGAUGUGUCGCGUUUUCGGGUCUGGGGAUCUCGAGCUUUUGUUCGCGAUACGUCCGCGGACAAGCUCUCCCGUCGAGCUGUCCCCUGUGUCUUCCUUGGCUUUGUCCCGGACGCGCCUGGUUGGCAGUUCUACCACGCCACCUCGCGUCGUGUCCUGGCCUCUCAGGACGUCACUUUUGACGAGUCCGUCCCCUACUACCGCCUCUUCCCCUACCGCACUGCCCCGCUCCCCCCCCCGCCUCUCUUCCUCGCUCCAGGUGCUGAGGUACCAGACCCCCUCCCCCCUCAGGGUGCCGCUCCCUCAGGUGUGUCCCAGGUAGACCCGGUUGAGCCUGUCGAGGUAGCUGUUGACUCUCGUCCUGCUGGGGGUGCUGAGCCUGACCGUGAGGAGUCUGAGGGUACUGAGCCUGGGGGUGUGGAGCCUGGGGGUGCGGAGCCUGGGGGUGCGGAGCCUGGGGGUGCUGAGCCUGGGGGUGCGGAGCCUGGGGGUGCGGAGCCUGGGGGUGCUGAGCCUGGGGGUGCUGAGCCUGGGGGUACUGAGCCUGGGGGUGCUGAGUCUGGGGGUGCUGAGUCUGGGGGUGCUGAGCCUGAGCGUGCUACACCUGGAGGAGCCCUCUCCUCCCGGCAGCUGCAGGAGCGGUACCUACAGUACUGCCGCCUCCGGAGAGGUGCUGCUGGAGCUCGUACCAGUACUUCCCCUCCUGCCCAGGAGCUCCCCCCCAUUCAGCAGAUCCGAGAGUGGUACACGCGGCGCUGCAGUCUUCGGAGUGGUGCUCCUGGUGCUGCGGACCCUGAGGGUGGCGCUGCUACUAGUGCUGAGGACCCUGGCGUUGGAGCUGCUGCUGGUGCUGCGGACCCGAGCGGUGGCGCUGCUGCUGGUGCUGAGGACCCGGGCGUUGGAGCUACUGCUGGAGCUGAGGACCCGGACGGUGGAGCUGCUGCUGGUGCUGAGGACCCGAGCGGUGGAGCUGCUGCUGGUGCUGAGGACCCGGACGUUGGAGCUGCUGCUGGUGCUGAGGACCCUGCCGCUGGUGUCUCUGCUGGUUCUGGAGACGCUACGCGGCCGCGACCGUACUUCGUACCACUUCUUCAGCAGGUUCUUGGUCAGGCUCCUCCUCCUUGUCCUCCUCCCUCCGUAGAGUGUCCUCCGCCUGUCCAGUCGCAGUCACAGUUCCCGCCUGCCUCGCCUCUCCCUGGUCCCUCUCCUUACACUGGUCCCACAGGAGGUCUUACAGAGCGUCGUGAGCCUGAGUCUCGUCCUGCGUCGCCUGUUCGUACUGCUCGCACUGGUCGUCGUGUCCCACGUGAGCGUCCUCCUCCUGUCCCUGGCACUCACUACAUGACUCUGCGUCCCUCCACUGCUCCUCAGCGUGUUCCGCUGCCGUCUCCUCCUGCGUCCUCUCUGCCUACUCUUCCUGAUCCGGAGUCUGACUCCCGUCGUGCUGCCAGUCCCACUGUCACCCGUCUCCUCGCUACUGUUGUCACUGACCCUACCUUUGAGUCCUCUGCUGCGUCUGCUCUGGUCGCUGAACAGGAGGAGUUCCAGUGCUUUGCUGCUGCUUUACCCCACCUCGUGUCCAUGCUAGUUGCCCCUGAGGGAGACCCGGAUGCACCAGACAUCCCGACCCCGCGCACUUACGCUGAGGCGAUGGCGGGUCCCUACUCCUCUCAGUGGCAGACAGCCAUGGACGCAGAGAUGGCUUCUUGGAAGUCCACAGGCACCUACGUCGACGAGGUUCCCCCACCUGGGGCGAACAUCGUCAGUGGCAUGUGGAUUUUCAGGACCUUCUCCCCCACCCCGAAGAUGACCACUCUUCGGGUGCUGCUGCACAUAGCCGCUCACCGCGACUACGAGCUUCACUCACUUGACUUCAGCACUGCUUUCUUGCAGGGCAGCCUACACGAGGAGAUCUGGCUGCGCCGCCCUCCUGGCUUCACUGGGUUGGUUCCUCCUGGUACCCAGUGGAGGCUUCAGCGGCCGGUCUACGGUCUCCGCCAGGCACCGCAUGAGUGGCACGACACACUGAGGACGACACUUGCGGCUCUUGGGUUCGCUCCCUCUACUGCUGACCCGUCACUGUUUCUACGCACAGACACCUCACUGCUGCCGUUCUACAUCCUCGUGUACGUCGACGACUUGGUCUUUGCCACUGCUGACACCGCGGCACUCGCCCACGUGAAGUCGGAGCUGCAGAGGAGACACACGUGCACAGACCUAGGUGAACUGACAAGCUAUCUUGGCUUGCGGAUCACCCGGGACAGAGCACGGCGCACCAUCACCUUGACUCAGUCACACAUGGUGCAGCAGAUCCUUCAGCGCUUCCGCUUCACGUACUCCUCGCCUCAGUCCACUCCUCUGCCUACCGGUCACUCGCUCUCAGCUCUGCCUUCGGAUGAGUCCGUAGAGCCGAGUGGCCCGUAUCCAGAGCUUGUGGGCUGCCUCAUGUACCUGAUGACCUGCACUCGACCUGACCUUGCAUACCCUCUUAGCAUCCUUGCACGCUAUGUCGCUCCUGACCGUCACAGGAAGGAGCACAUGGAUGCCGCUAAGAGGGUGUUGCGCUACUUGUGCAGUACGUCGGGCAUGGGGCUAGUGCUUGGAGGGCGAGACCGAGUUGUACUUACUGGACACUCAGACGCUUCUUGGGCGGACGACCAGGCUACUCAGCAGUCGUCUCAGGGUUACACCUUCAGCCUUGGCUCCGGCUCAGUUUCUUGGCGUUCUACACGCUCUUCUUCUGUUCUCAGCUCCAGUUGUGAGGCUGAGAUCUACGCCACAGCCAUGGCUGCCCAGGAGCUACGCUGGCUGACCUACCUGCUGACCGACUUGGGAGAGCGGCCUCGUUCUCCUCCAGUGCUGUACGUCGACAACCAGGCUGCCAUUGCCUUGUGUGAGGAGCACAGACUGGAGCACAGAACGAAGCACAUCGCCCUGCGGUACUUCCUUGCUCGAGAGCUGCAGCAGCGUGGUCAGCUUCGUCUACGUUACGUGGCCACUGAGGCCAACCUUGCUGAUGUGUUCACCAAGGCGCUUCAGCCUUGUGACCAUCAGCGUUUCUGUACUCUUCUAGGCCUUGUGCCUGCUGGACCUCACUUACUUACUUCUUGA